AUGGAUUCUCGCAAACAGCCUCCCUGGAGGCAACCACAGGCGCAUCGAGACACUAAUCUUCCACCUCUGACAGUAUGGAACUCUUUGACCCGAUCCAAGACCCCCUUUGUUACCCUUGACCCAAAGGGCCGCAAAGUAACAUGGUAUGCGUGUGGCCCUACUGUCUACGAUGAUGCACAUCUUGGACACGCAAGGAAUUACGUUAGUACGGAUAUUAUUCGUCGCAUACUGAAGGAUUAUUUCAAAUUUGAUGUGGAGUUUGUCAUAAAUAUUACCGAUGUGGAUGACAAGACCUCUGUUUGGAUCAUCGUCAGGGGGCGACAACAGCACUUGUUCUCCGAGUUUCUUGCUUCACAUCCGGAUGUUAACCCCGAUGUACUGAAGACCACGCAACUAGCGUAUUAUGCCUAUAUCAAGAAAAACUUGCAAUUGAUCAAUGAGGGGACCAAGCCAGAAGACUUUGGAACUGAAGCAGAAAGGGUGUAUGGAGGGGUUCUAAAGGGUGAGGCUUUGGAAGGCAACAGAAAACCUGGAGAUCGUGAAGCAAAGGUUCGGAUGCAUGUCAGGACUAUUACCAUUGCAGCUGCGAUGAUCUCGCGAAUAGCCAAGAUGUUCAAUCAGGGACCUGUGGAGCAACCCGAAUCUCUUGAAAAUGAGGUGAUUACAAGUGAAGACUUCUAUGAGGCAACCCAAGAUGUCAUCCUUCCUUAUCUUGACCAGCUCAGAGGUUCAACUGUGCCAGGGGAUGCGUAUGAGAUUUUUACAAAGCUUACGAAGAAGUACGAAGAACAUUUUAUGCGCGAUAUGAGAGACCUUAAUGUCCUUGAUCCAGACGAGAUAACGAGAGUCACCGAAUACGGCCAAGAGAUUGCAGAUUUUGUGGAGAGAAUUGUGGCAAAUAAUUUUGGCUAUGUGACUCCGGAUGGCUCUGUUUACUUCGACAUUAAGUCUUUCGAGGAAGCCGGACAUCCCUAUGCACGGUUAGAGCCAUGGAAUAGAAACAAUCAACCUCUGCAAAGAGACGGUGAGGGGACGUUAUCUCAUGCAGUUGAGAAAAGGUCCCCUGACGAUUUUGCCCUUUGGAAAGCAUCACGUCCAGGUGAACCUAGUUGGAAGAGUCAAUGGGGACCAGGCCGACCAGGUUGGCAUAUUGAGUGUUCUGCAAUGGCCUCCAGCCGACUAGGAAGCCAGAUUGAUAUCCACUCUGGUGGAAUCGAUCUUGCAUUCCCCCACCAUGAUAAUGAACUUGCACAAAGUGAGGCAUUUUGGUCAGAGAAGAAGCAGCAAUGGGUGAACUACUUUCUACAUAUGGGACAUUUGUCGAUACAGGGGUCAAAGAUGUCCAAAUCCUUGAAAAACUUCACCACUGUUCGGAGUGCCCUUGACAAGGGUGACUGGACUCCUCGAAGCCUGCGAAUUGUUUUCCUCCUAGGGGGCUGGCGGGAUGGGGUUGAGAUUACACCCGAACUCAUUCAAACGGCGUCCGUGUGGGAAGAUAAGCUGAACAACUUUUUCGUGAAGGUCAAAGAUCCUUCUGGUCCGGGCGCUACAACGGAUAUUACGUCUGACCCAAAUAUCUCCUUGGCACAAGCCCUAGCCACCACAAAGGCAAAGGCCCACCAAUAUUUCUGUGACUCUUUUGAUACGCCCAAAGUUAUGAGAGUUAUCUCCGAAUUGGUUUCGACCUUCAAUAACGUUGACCAAAAUGCCAACCUCAACGAAGUGCAAGACCUAGCUCAAUGGGUAACUCGAAUUGUAACCAUCCUGGGUCUAAAUGGAAAAGUAUCCCCUGAGAGUUGUGGGAUUGGCUGGGAAGGAACUGACAUCCCCGAACCGGCAAAACCAUUUCUUUAUCCACUUUCAACCAUGCGUGACGCCUUGCGUGAAGCCGCAAAAUCACAAAGCGAAGUAACGCAUCGGCAACUCAAAGCUAUCACCGGGCAGACACCUGUGGACGAGAGCCUAGUAUCCCAAGCAUCCAGGUCGUACUUCCAAGUUUUCAAAGAUUUCCGCGCGCGGAUAUCUCCAAGUAACUCGGAAGACACAGCAAAGUCAUCCAAAGAAUUGCUUUCCCUGUGCGAUCGAUUACGAGAUGUUGAGCUCUUUGACCUUGGUAUCUAUCUGGAAGACCGCGAGAAUAAACCUGCCUUGGUUAGACCUGUGACUAGGGACUUAUUACAGUCCCGUGAAGAACAGACACGGAAAAUGCUAUUGAAGCAGCAGGAGAAAGAAAAGCAGGAAAAGCUUGCCAAAGAGAGACUGGAAAAGGGAAGACUCAGUCAUCUGGACAUGUUCCGCACUAGUGAAUAUAGUGCUUGGGAUGAAGAUGGCAUGCCAACAAAAGAUGCAGCUGGUGAACCUAUAAACAAAAGUAGAAGCAAGAAGUUAAGAAGGGAUUGGGAGCGGCAGAAAAAGGCCCAUGAGACUUGGAUCGCAAGCCAAAGCACGGGCUCUUAG